AUGACUGAACCCGAGGCCAAACUUGAAGCUCUCUUGGACAUCAUCAAUUCUUCUGCACGCCAAGCAAUCGUGGAAUACAAGAAAACUGGACAUGGUGUGCCUGGUGCCGACGCAACCACCUUCCACCCCCUCGACAUGGCAACAGAUACAAUUGCGCUCAGAAAAGCCAUUAGACUUCUCGAGGGUGCUUACCACCAAUUGAGCGCAAUAUUGGCUCCCCCCCAACACACGGUGAUGAAUUUUGUUUUUAAUUACAACUGGGCAUGCACAAACGUUGCCUUGCGAGCACGCAUUGCGGAUGUCCUGGAGCAGCACCCGGAAGGACUUAGCGUGGAUCGGCUUGCUGACGCAGUUGAUCUUGACAAGAGCAAUGUUGCACGCAUUUUACGAGUUUUAUCCCUCAUGGGUUGCUUCAAAGAAGUCAAACGAGACGUGUUCGCAAACACCCGACUAUCCUUGAUACUCAAAUCAACAAACAACACUGGGUGUUAUGCACAUUUUCAUUCCCGACACAUUGCUAAAUACGCCGGAGUUCUCUAUGAGACUAUGAUCGACCAAGACUUUUCAAGAUCACACGAGCUUGACAAAGCACCCCGAGUGUUUGCCUGUAGGAAAGAGGGUUUGAGUGAUAGCUACUGGGAAACGAUCAAGAAUGACGAUGAGAGACGUGAUAUAUUUCACCGAGGCUUGCUUGGCCAUGGUGAGAUGAUGGGUACUUCUGCGGUGCUGCAUAGGUAUCCUUGGGACAAUGUAUCCUCUGUGGUGGAUGUUGGAUCUGGCAUUGGAGCUUUUUCCAUUCCUCUGGCGACAAUGUUCCCUCAUCUCAAAAUAACCAAUCAUGAUCUCCCGGAAGUCAUUGUACAGGCACAAAAUGCAUGGGAGAAGAACGCUCCCGAGGCACUACUCGAUGGGCGCGUAGAGUUGGUGCCAAAUAAUUUUCUCGAGGAUAUACCUGUUUUCGGGAAGGAUGUCUACUAUUUGAGGCACAUUAUCCACGAUUGGCCAGAUGCUGAGGCAACAGCGAUCCUCCGUAACAUUCGCAAGGCAAUGGGACCAAACAGUGUGGUGCUAAUUCAUGAUUCCGUGCUCUUCCACGCAUUCCAAGAGCCUGGCGUAGGAACUAAUGGGUUAAGCGUCGCCCCUGAACCAAUGUUACCGAACUUUGGAGCAGGCAGUCACAGAGUGUACCAAAUAGACCUGACUAUGUGGUUCCUUCUGAAUUCCAAGGAACGAACCUUGGACGAGAUGAAAAUCAUUGCGCAAGUUUCUUCUAAUAUAUCUUGA